AUGAAUCAAGAAAAUAAACGUACAAAAAUUGAUUAUGCUGCUCAAAAUGGUCGCCUUGAAGUAAUAAAAUAUUUACAUUCUAAAGGAUAUAAAGGAACAGAAUGGGCAAUUAAUUAUGCUGCAAUGAAUGGUCACCUUGAAAUAUUAAAAUAUUUACAUGAAUUAGGGUAUAAAGGUGAUAAAUGGGCAAUUAAUUGCGCUGCAAUGAAUGGUCAUCUUGAAGUAGUAAAAUAUUUACAUGAAUUAGGGUAUAAAGGAACAGAUGAAGCAAUUAUUAAUGCUGCAAUUAGGGGUUACCUUGAAGUAAUUAAAUAUUUACAUGAAUUAGGGUAUAAAGGUGAUAAAUGUGCAUUUAAUUGUGCUGCAAUGAAAGGUCACCUUGAAGUACUAAAAUAUUUACAUGAAUUAGGGUAUAAAGGUGAUGAAUUUACAAUUAAUAAUGCUGCAGAAUAUGGUCAUCUUGAAGUAAUAAAAUAUUUACGUUCUAUUGGAUAUAAAUAUUUGUAUGAAUUUGGGUAUAAAUAA